AUGCGAAACACACUCCCUAAAGCUUGGAGACUCCAUGACAGAGUUCGUGGACAAAUAAAUGACGACGGCACUAUCCAGUUCUUCUUCUCCCAGGAGCAUAAUAUGUUGUCAGUCAUAGACAGAGGCCCUUGGUUUUUCAAAAACUGGAUGGUUGUUAUGGACCCAUGGUACAGACGAAGGAGCCAAAACUUCCUCUCCACUAUCUCCUUCUGGAUCCAAGUAUACAACAUUCCUAAUGAGUACCGAAACCCUCUGGUGAUAGAAGAGAUAGGUAGAGGAUUAGGACAACUUGAGGGUCUCAAAAUAGUUGAACCUACCAGAGAAAGUCCGGCUGAAGUAUGGAUUAGACAUGAGAAUCAAGAGAACCUCGAAGCUGAAGACCAAAUCAGAGUGAACGAAUAUAUACAAGAUGUUACUCAGCCUCUCCUCAAUCAUGGAAACCUCUCCGUACAACACUUUGAUCCUAUCCCAACACCACCAGUCUCAGUGUUCGAGAUAGGAUCCUCAUCCUACCAACAUAGAGGCACAAAGCGCAAGGCUGAUGACAUUGAACUGGAGGAAUUUAGCCCGUCUUACAGGCAACGAACUACAGAAGAGGAUCGGGAUGGCGUGGUGGUCGCCAGAAGACCACCCAUAGAUCCAUGA